AUGGAACACCGCGUCGGCGCCGUCGUGACGAGGCUCUGUCUGACACACCGCUGGUCAGCCGGUUGGUGGUGGAACGUCGCAUCGGCAUCGUCUAGACGAGGCUCCGCCUGGUACGCCGUUGAUCAGCCGGUGGGAUGGAUCUCCGAAUUGGCACCGUCGACACGCGCCCAUCUGGUGCACCGUAGGAGACCGCAGGCUUGCGGCAAUGCCGUAAGCCAUUGGCAAAUUCGAGUCGUUCUUCCACUGCCAAAAAAACUCGUGGCCCACAGUGGAGUUCGGCCGCGCCGGCACAUCAAGCAGCCCCUAUUCAGGGGUCAGGGCACUGCUUCCUUCGGGGGGGCCUGGAAAAGCUUGCCUAAAAAUUGCUGGGGAACCACGUCGUCUGCCGGUGCACCGUGGCCGCAGACGCAAAACUCACGGUCGAAACAAUCAAACUCGAAACAACAACAACAACCAUACUCAUUCUCCUCAUCCUACCUCUUCUACCUCUACCUCCGUCUAUUCUUCUGCCUAUUCUUCUCCUUCGUCAUCUUCUUCUCCACCUCCUUCCCAUCGCCCCACUCGUUUUCCCCAGACUGACAGGGUGAGCCCGCUCACUCUGGCAGCCUGGAAUGUUCGUUCCCUUUUAGACAAUCCGAGGAGCAACCGAUCGGAACGGAGGACGGCGCUAGUGGCACGAGAACUGGCGCGCUACAAGGUGGACAUCGCCGCACUCAGCGAGACCCGAUUCUCCGAACAAGGCCAACUGGAGGAGGUGGGUGCCGGCUACACCUUCUUCUGGAGUGGUCGACCCAGGGCAGAGCGACGAGACGCGGGCGUCGCCUUCGCCAUCCGGACCGACAUCGUGGGACGACUGCCCUGUUUGCCGCAGGGCAUCAACGAUCGCCUGAUGAGCCUCCGCCCGCCUCUCUGGAGAGGCAAAUUCGCCACCAUCAUCAGCGCCUACGCUCCGACGAUGACCAACCCCGACGCCGUCAGAGACAAAUUCUACGAGGACCUGCACGCCCUCUUGGCGACUGUGUCGAAGGCGGACAAGUUGAUUGUCCUUGGUGACUUCAACGCCCGCGUCGGCACAGACCAUACUGCCUGGAGGGGAUUGCUGGGUCCCCACGGUCUCCGCGGUUCCAACGACAACGGCCUGCUGCUGCUCCGCACCUGCGCAGAACACCGCCUCACCCUGACGAAUACCUUCUUCUGUCUGCCGGUGCGAGAGAAGGCCACCUGGAGGCAUCCUCGGUCGCGUCAGUGGCACCUGCUGGACUAUGUCCUCGUCCGGAAGCGAGAUCAGCGGGACGUGCUGGUGACGAAGGCGAUCGCGGGUGCUGACGGGUGGACCGACCAUCGCCUCGUCACCUCGAAGAUGCGUAUUCGCCUACAGCCUCGCAGGAGACCACAAGGUAAGCGACCCCCAGGUAAGCUGAAUGUUGCUUUGUUGUCUUUGUCUGGUCACCGUCUCCAUUUCAGUAAUGAGCUAGCUCAAUGGCUAGACAACCUUCCUAUCGCUGCCGCCGCCGACGACGCCGCCGCCGCCGCCGCUGCCGAGAACGCCUCCGUGGAGAACCGCUGGUGUCAAAUGCGUGACACAGUCCAGUCGACGGCGCUCGCCGUCCUCGGUCGCGCUCCCCGCCAACACCAGGACUGGUUCGACGACAACGACGCUGCCAUCAGAAAUCUGCCUGCCGAUAAGAACCGCCUACACAAAGCCUACGUAGAGCACCCAACUGAGGGCAACAAAGCUGCCUUCUACCGCAGUCGCCGACAGCUUCAACAACGACUGCGCGAGAUGCAGAACGCCUGGACUGCUCGCAAAGCUGAGGAGAUCCAAGGCUACGCGGACCGCAACGAAUGGAAGAACUUCUUCUCCGCGAUCAAAGCUGUCUACGGUCCGCCGACGAAGGGCACUGCUCCUCUCCUCAGCGCCGACGGCAGCACUCUCCUGACUGAGAAGACGCAAAUCCUGCAGCGAUGGGCCGAGCACUUCCGAGGCGUCCUCAACCGCCCUUCCGUCAUCUCCGACGCCGCCAUCGCCCGCUUGCCGCAAGUGGCGACCAACGCGGACCUCGACCUCCCGCCAUCUCUCCAGGAAACCAUCAGGGCCGUGCAGCAGCUCUCCAGCGGGAAAGCACCCGGAUCGGACGCAAUCCCUGCUGAGGUCUACAAGCACGGAGGUCCCCUUCUGAUGGAUCACCUGACUGCGCUCUUCCAGGAGAUGUGGCGUCAAGGUGAAAUCCCGCAAGAUUUCAAGGACGCAACUAUCGUGCACCUAUACAAGCGCAAAGGGAAUCGCCAAGUCUGCGACAACCACCGCGGCAUCUCCCUACUGAACAUCGCCGGGAAGAUCUUCGCUCGCAUCCUGCUCAACCGCCUCAACAACCAUCUGGAACAGGGCCUUCUGCCGGAAAGCCAAUGCGGCUUCCGUCGUCAUCGUGGGACCACGGAUAUGAUCUUCGCCGCCCGCCAACUUCAGGAGAAGUGCCAGGAGAUGCGGACCCACCUGUACUCUACCUUCGUGGACCUGACGAAAGCCUUCGACACGGUGAAUCGUGAAGGACUGUGGAAGAUUAUGCAGAAAUUCGGCUGUCCGGAGCGAUUCACUCAGAUGGUGCGUCAGCUGCACGACGGUAUGAUGGCGCGAGUCACGGACAACGGAGCUGUCCCAGAGGCAUUCGCAGUGACCAACGGAGUGAAGCAGGGCUGUGUGCUGGCGCCUACCCUCUUCAGUCUCAUGUUCUCUGCCAUGCUGAUGGACGCCUACCGCGACGAACGCCCUGGAAUCCGCAUCGCCUAUAGAACGGACGGUCAUCUCCUGAAUCACCGGCGCAUGAACUUCCAAUCGCGUGUAUCCACAGCCACCGUGCACGAACUCCUCUUCGCCGACGACUGCGCCCUGAACACCACCUCAGAAGUGGAGAUGCAACGGAGCAUGGACCUAUUCUCCGCCGCCUGCGAGAACUUUGGGCUGGUUAUCAACACGCAGAAGACGGUAGUGAUGCAUCAGCCGCCUCCCAACUCAGCCACAGCCCCCAACGCGCCGCCGCAAAUCAACGUGAAUGGGACUCAACUGCAAGUGGUAGAGAACUUCCCGUAUCUGGGCAGCACGCUCUCCCGCAACACCAAGAUCGACGACGAAGUCGCCAACAGGAUCUCGAAAGCCAGUCAAGCCUUCGGUCGCCUCCAAAGCACAGUUUGGAAUCGUCAUGGUCUCCAACUGAGCACAAAGCUGAAGAUGUACAAGGCCGUCAUCCUGCCGACGCUACUGUACGGAGCGGAGACCUGGACGGUGUACACGAGGCAGGCACGUCGACUAAACCACUUCCACCUCAGCUGUCUCCGCCGCAUCCUGAGGCUGAACUGGCAGGACCGCAUCCCCGACACCGAAGUGCUGGAACGGACGGGAAUUCUGAGCAUCUACUCCAUGCUGAGACAAAUGCAGCUGCGCUGGAGCGGCCAUCUGGUGCGCAUGGACGACGAGCGACUACCCAAACGACUCUUCUACGGAGACGUCGCGACGGGUUCUCGUCGUCAAGGGGGCCAACUUCGCCGUUACAAAGAUACUCUGAAGUCCUCCCUGAAGCGCCUGCACAUCAACCCGACCAACUGGGAAGAGCUCGCCCGCGAUCGUCCGACAUGGAGGAGAACAGUGAAGACGGGCGCUGCUAUCUACGAAGCCAACCGAAUCGCCGCCGCCGAAGUGAAACGCGAAGUCCGCAAAUCACAACUUCGCCAAAUACGCAACGCCGCCGCACAACCUCUCCCUACGUGUCCUCGAUGUCAACGGACAUUCCGGGCACGAAUCGGACUUGUUGGACAUCUUCGAACCAACUGCACCUCUUGAACUACUCCAGCCAUCGUCCCCGCGCCCGCCUCUUCCUCGUCCUCUCUUCCGCCAACUAACUCUGACACUCCUUCUGCACCACCACUUCCAUGCUCCUCCUUCUCCUCCACUGCCCCAACGGUGGCCGUUCAGGCUGCCGUCUCACACAUCGCCAACCACGACACAGCAACCGCAACCACCCCCACCUGCUCCCACUGCGAUCGCACCUUCACUUCACGCAUCGGCCUGGUCGGUCACUUGCGAAUCCAUCGCACAGAGUCUGGCGAACCAGUGCCUGGAGCACCAACCUACACUCACCGCACUCGCCUCCACUGCCCACACUGCCCUCGCACCUUCACGCAUCGCAUGGGUCUAUUCGGUCACAUGCGCAUCCACGAGAUCGGAAUUGACCAAGCCACGACAUCCAACACGCCCAGACCCAUCCUCGCCCCACCGUCACACGCGCCGACCACCACCACCGCCACCACCAACACCACUGCUUCCUCUACAGCUGACACCGACACCGCCGACCUCUCAUGCCCACAUUGUCCACGCACCUUCACCUCACGCAUCGACCUGGUCGGUCACUUGCGAAUCCAUCGCACAGAGACUCGCGAACCAGUGCCUGGAGCACCAACCUACACCCACCGCACUCGCCUCCACUGCCCACACUGCCCUCGCACCUUCACGCAUCGCAUGGGUCUAUUCGGCCACAUGCGCAUCCACAACGACCUGCGGUAG